UGAUUUCUUGUGAUAUCUGAAGAUCGUCGAUGGCGGCUCUCGAGAUCUGCGUGAAGGCUGCUGAUGGUGCUCCUGAUGUUCUCGGUGACUGCCCGUUCAGCCAACGUGUUCUUCUGACCCUCGAAGAGAAAAAACUUCCUUACAAGAUCCAUCUGAUUAACGUCUCUGACAAACCCCAGUGGUUUUUAGACAUUAGUCCGGAAGGCAAAGUUCCGGUGAUAAAGCUUGACGGCAAAUGGGUUGUUGAUUCAGACGUCAUCGUCGGGAUCAUCGAGGAGAAAUAUCCAGAGCCUUCUCUAAAGACUCCUCCUGAGUUCACCUCUGUUGGAUCAAAAAUCUUUGGUGCUUUUGUGACUUUCUUGACAAGCAAAGACCCCAACGCCGGUUCCGACAAGGCUUUGGUUAACGAGUUAGAAACCCUGGAGAAUCACCUUAAGUCACAUCCUGGUCCUUUUGUAGCUGGAGAGAAACUCACUGGGGCUGAUCUGAGUUUAGCACCAAAGCUUUACCAUCUUGAGAUCGCUCUUGGUCAUUACAAGAAAUGGUCAGUCCCUGAGAGUUUGACCCAUGUUCGUAGCUACGCCAACGCUUUGUUCUCUAGAGAGUCCUUCGAGAAAACCAAAGCUAGGAAGGAGUUUGUGGUCGCGGGUUGGGCAUCUAAGGUGAACAAGUGAUGCGUGGAUGGAUCCAUGCUUACAAGUACUAUUACUAUUCAGAAAAUAAUAAAAUGAGCGAAUAAUCUUGUAUUAUCAAGCAAUAAUGAUGCAAUAAACAAUCAUAUAUUAUGUCUUAUUCAAUUUAGUACUAUUACAGACCAA